CUUGAUGGCGGAAAGAUGAUAGAGACAUCGGUUGGUACCUGGUCAGAGAGACAAGUUCUACGACAACAGCUUCUGAGGGACGAGUGUAGCAAAAACCAAUCACUGAAACUGAACAUGACUAACGUCAUACACAAUAACAGAAAACUGCUUAGGUUUUAUAUUGUUGACGAUAAGUACCGGAUAUUAUAUGGCUUCAUCUGUAAAGUGGGCUCCAGUCACUGGAAGAGCGUUUUCCUCGUUCUGAAGGGAACGUUUAAAACUGUCGAGGAAAUACCCUUAUGGAGAGCCCAUGAUCCGAGCUUGAAGAAGCUGAGCCAGUACCCGCCCGAGGAGAUCGAAUACCGUCUGCGGAAUUACACCACGUUCGUGUUCAUGCGCGAUCCCCUUGCGCGCGUCCUAUCCGCGUACAGGAACAAACUCGAAGAGCAUAACGUGCCAUAUCAAAAGGCCUUCGGACGAAGAAUUAUCGAACGCUACAGGGACAACCCUUCCAAGUUGGAACUUGAAACUGGGGUGGGUGUGACGUUCGCGGAAUUCGUUCGAUUUAUUACAGAUAAAGAUGCAAAGAACAACAUGGAAAGACAUUGGAAGCCCGUGUAUCAAAUGGUUCUCCCGUGUAACAUGCAUUUUGACUACAUCGGGAAGUUGGAAACUGGGAAAGAAGACUCGGAGUACAUCUUACGAUACCUGAGGGUCGAUCACCUUGUUCGCUUCAAAGAACCUUACAGGAACACAAGCAAUACCGAAGAAAUAUUCACCAAGUAUUAUAAAACGAUUUCCAAAGAAUAUCUGCAUAGAUUGUACGAGAUUUACGCUCCCGAUUUCAAACUCUUUGGUUACUCCAUGGAUGAAGAUUUAACACGGCGGAAGAAUUAUCUUCUGAAUUGAAGGCAUCGUUUGUCAAGGAACAUCGAUAUUCAAU